AUGAGGCGCUCCUCACUUGAUGACUGGUUCUUCAACGCGAAGAAAGGCGACGCGAAAAAACUGGUAGAACUAAUUGGCAAUAAGACGGCUUGGAAUAUAGAUGUACGAGAUGAGAAGGCUCGAACUGCCUUGUUCUUGGCUGUGGAGUCGGGGAACUUGACGUGCGUGGAAAAUUUGCUGCAAAAUGGAGCGGAUCCAAACAGACGCUCUCAGUUUGGAGCACCAGCUCACAUGGCCAUUGAAACGAGAAACGUCGAAAUGCUGCGAUUACUUCUCGGCUACGGCGCACAUACGUACACGGAAAACGACAAACAUUUGACGGUAUUAGAAUGCGCAAACCAAGUAUUUGGAGAGCAAAAUGUCCAAUAUAUACUUGAAACCAUAGAUGCAAAGAAAGAUGAGUUAGAAUCCAAACGUCGAGCUUCGUCGUUGAAAGGCCAGGGCGGCAGAGUGUUAAUAACGACACCUUUGCCUGAGGUUCAACCAAAAGAUAUUACACAUUGCUUCGAUGAUGUUUACGCCGAGGGACCAUACAGUCUUUAUACCAAAGGAAUAGUAGACAAGGAUUGCGUAAUAAUCAAGAAAUACAAAAAUACUGGUAAUAAGGAAUUGGUAAAAAAGCUGUUUUCUAACGAGGUGAUGAUUCUGAGUGAUCUUCGUCAUCCCAACAUUCUACUGCUCAUGUCUGCUUGUUACGGGCCUUCUACUUCUGACCUCUGCAUGGUUCUUGAACCCGUCGAACAGCAAGUCUUCCUUCACAAGAUGAUUCACGUAGACCAUGAACAAAUUGCAGACGAUUUUUCUUUAAGGAUUGCACGGGAUGUAGUCUGUGGUUUACUCUUUCUACACAAUAGAGGAUUCAUUCAUUGUUAUCUUGGUUCACACAGUGUAGUCAUUAAUAAACAAACCAAACAAGCAAAGAUAUGCAAUUUCGAGUACGCUAGAGCGGUUCACAUAGGUACCUCCUCGGACGAACCCAUCAGCCACCUCGAGCCUCUAUACGAAUGGAUGGCUCCAGAACAACUAGAGGGGAUGGCCGCUGACCAGCAUGGUGACGUCUAUAGUUUUGGAAUCCUCGUAUGGGAGAUGCUCACAGGAAAAAGACCGUUCCAUGGUAUUUAUAAUUUUAAGAGCUUAACAGGCGGGAAGGAAGAUCCUCGUGUUAGAACUAUUCCAGCAAAGUGGAUUGGAUUUAUGAAAGAGCUAGUUAGGGAUUGUUUACUUCCGCCUGCAGUACGACCCACCUCUGAACAGGUCUUUGAAUGGCUUGAUGGUGUGGUUAAUAAUCGACUUGUCCACUAUCGACCAGCUCAUUUGACUCUCGAAGAACUACCUCCCUUAUUCCCUUUAAUCAAACCCAAACCGGACAAAAGAAAAAGUAAAUAA